AUCAAGCACCUAGGCAUGCAGACUGCUUCUACAAACAUUUGUGAAAGAAUGGGUCGUUCUCAGGAGCUCAGUGAAGUCAAGUGUGGUACCGUGACCGGUUGCCACCUGUGCAAUAGAUCCAUUCGUGAAAUUUUCUUGCUACUAAAUAUUUCACAAUCAACUGUUAGUGGUAUUAUAACAAAGUGGAAGCAACUGGGAACAACAGCAACUCAACCAUGAAGUGGUAGGCCACGUAAAAUGACAGGUAGGGUAAGUGCAUGCUGAAGUGCACAGUAUGCAGAAGUCGCAACUGUCAAUAGCUAAAGACCUCCAAACUUCAUGUGGCCUUCAGAUUAGCACAACAACAGUGUGUAGAGAGCUUCAUGGAAUGGGUUUCCAUAGCCGAGCAGCUGCAUCCAAGCCUUACAUCACCAAGUGCAAUGCAAAGCGUCGGAUGCAGUGGUGUAAAGCACGCCACUACUGGAUUCUAGAGCAGUACUUGCCUAACUGCAUUGUGCCAAGUGUAAAGUUU